AUGAUUUCCUGGUCCAUUGAAUUAUCCGAAUUCGGCCUGUGUUUUGAGCCUCAAGGCUCCAUCAAGGGCCAACACUUAGCAGACUUCGCAGCCGAACUACCCCCGGCGACAGAGCUGUCUGUGUGGAAUUUGAACGUAGACGGAUCUUCAGACAAACGAGGAGCGGGAGCCGACAUAGUACUGGAGGGACCGAACGGUCUUCUCGUCGAGCAGGCUAUAUCCUUCACGUUCCAGCUUAGUAACAAUCAAACAGAGUAUGAAGCCCUCAUCAGCGGAUUACUCUUGGCCGCCGAACUAGACAUCCAACAUUUAGAAUGCCGAAUGGAUUCUCAAUUAGUUGUGAGGCAUAUUAACGGAACUUUCCAGGUCAAAGACAAUCAUCUGUUGCGUUACUAUCACAAAGUCAGCGACCUCAUUAAAACGUUCGACACUUUCAAAAUCAUUCAUGUACCCAAGGCACAAAAUUCCCGAGCGGAUUUACUUUCCAAGCUAACACAUGCCCGAGGAAAUUCCCAGCUCACUUCGGUAAUCAAAACCACGCUGGAACAACACCUUUUGGAAACUUGCACCACCAGCGUUAUUCCUUCCAAAGCUGACUGGUGGCAAGAUAUAAUACAGUUGAUAAUUCAGCAAGAACAAGGCGUCCGGGUGAGUGCGAUCGAUUCUAAACGAAUUGCUCACUUCACAUUUAUAGGAGAUGAUCUUUACCGAUGCGAAUACACUACGCCUCUGUUAAAGUGUGUAUCUAGCGAAGAAGCCAAGUAUGUCAUGCAGGAACUACAUCAUGGAAUUUGCGGCUCUCACACAGGAAAAAGAACGCUCAAAGCCAAGAUAUUACGAGCGGGUUUCUAUUGGCCCACAAUUGAGCAAGACUACAAGGAUUUUGUCCAAAAAUGCAUUUCCUGUCAAUACCAUGGACAUGACACUCAGAUUCCUCUGUCCGAACUGAUGGGUAUCAUAUCCCCGUGGCCCUUCGCCCAAUGGGGGAUGGACAUAGCUGGACCCCUGCCGCUCGCAAAAGGACAAUGCAAAUACCUCUUGAUGGCAAUCGACUACUUUACCAAGUGGAUCGAAGUAGAAGCCCUUGCAACAAUCAGCGCCCGGAAAAAAAUCAUUACUGAUAAUGGUCGGCAAUUCAUCGACCGUACGCUGGAAGACUUUCUCAAAGGACUUGGUAUCAAACAUGUUACAAGUUCCGUAGAGCACCCCCAAACCAACGGGCAGGCCGAGGCUGCAAACAAAGCCAUAAUCUCCGAGUUAAAGAAACGCCUAGGGCAAGCUAAAGGCUUAUGGGUCGAAGAAAUACCUGAAGUACUUUGGGCUUACCGGUGCACACCACAUGGAUCAACUGGUGAGACCCCAUUCAAUCUCACAUAUGGCACAGAUGCCAUGUUACCAGUUGAAAUAGGAGAACCAUCCAUCCGACGGCAUAUACAAGAUAUGACCCUCAAUGAUGAACACCUAAGGAUGAACCUUGAUACCUUACCCGAGCGGCGUGAAAUUGCCUUAAUCAAGAAUGAAGCUCAUAAGUGA